CUGCACCAGAUCGCAAAGCCCGCCGUCGUCUUCAAGCUAUUCUCCAAAACCCUAGACCUUCGGUAUUCUCCAUCUGUCUCUCUCUGCUAAUCAUUCUUGAGCUAUGGCGCUUCUCUAUCGCCUCCGUCACGCUUUCCCGUCGAACGCGACUUACUACCGUUCUCUCUCGACAAUCCUUUCCCCGGAUUCCACCAAUCCUUUGUCAGCGAAACAGAAAUCGAGGGCCGCACUGUCUCUACUGAAAUCUGAGGACAAUCCUGAGCGUAUAAUUGAUAUUUGCCGAGCUGCUACUCUCACUCCAGAAUCACAUCUCGAUCGCAUCGCUUUCUCUGUUGCUAUUUCCAAGCUUUCAGAGUCCAAGCAUUUCGAUGGGAUUCGCCGGUUCCUCGAGGAAUUGAAAUCUCGUCCCGACUUGAAAAACGAGCGUUUCGCUUGCCACGCUAUUGUUCUCUAUGGCCAGGCCAAUAUGCUUGAUCAUGCUAUCAGCACUUUUAAGCAAAUUGAUGAAUUGGGCGUGCGUCACUCGGUUAAAUCGCUUAACGCAUUGCUAUUUGCAUGCAAUUUAGCUAAGGACUACAAGGAACUGAAGCGAGUUUUUAUGGAGUUUCCUAAGAUUUAUGGAAUCGAACCAGAUCUGGAUACGUAUAACAGAGUGAUCAAGGCGUUUUCAGAAUCGGGUUCGUCUAGUGCAGUGUAUUCGAUUCUGGCGGAGAUGGACAGGAAGGAUAUCAAACCAAAUGCUACCACUUUUGCGAACUGGCUUGCUGGAUGCUACAAGGAAGAGAAGUACGAGGAUGUUGAGAAGGUCAUAAAAUUGAUGGAAAAAUAUGGCGUUCAGCGUGGAGUUAGUACAUAUAAUGCAAGGAUACAGAGUCUGUGUAAAUUGAAGAGAUCAUCGGAGGCGAAGGCUUUGUUUGAUGGGAUGUUGUCGAGAGGUAUGAAACCAAACUCUGUUACAUAUUGUGAAUUGAUUCAUGGGUUUUGCAAGGAAGGAAAUCUUGAUGAAGCUAAGACCCUUUUCAAGAGAAUGAUCAAUAGCGGUUGCCAACCAGAUAGUGAUUGCUAUUUCACUUUGAUUUACUUUCUUUGUCGAGGAGGAGAUUAUGAUACAGCAUUCAAGCUCUGUGGGCAAAGCAUAGAGAAGGGUUGGUUUCCAAAUAUUACUACAAUGAAGUCUCUUAUUGAUGGGCUUGUUAGCAUUUCGAAGGUCGAUGAGGCAAAGCAACUCAUUGGGCAAAUCAAAGAGAGGUUCUCUAAGAAUGUUGAAACGUGGAAUGAAAUUGAAGCUGGAUUGCCUCAGUGAGGAAACUCUGGGAUGCUCUGCAACCACCAGGGAAAUACAAGAGGAUGCGCCAUUUUCUUGGCUUGAGCUAAUCACCCUCUGCAUAUGUUUUACAUAGACGAGGAAUUCCAUUGUCAAGUUUAAUGUUCUAGCUUUUGCACUGGUUGAAAUUUGUAAUGCUUUUGUUGAAUGAGUCCGCUCCCUAUUGGUAGGUUUGGAUCUGCUUAUAGAAGAGGAGAGAUGUGGGAUUGAAUUGUGGUGGUGGCUGUUCCUGUUAGGAACAAACCUCCCAGCAAUCCUCCCUAUAGAAAAGUUGAACAUUUUCUCCAAAACUGGAUUACCUUGAAAGUUGAAACUGCUAAUUGGUUCCUGUCUGGAUGGGAUCCUAGGAAGUUUCCUUUAGAAUUUGGAAACACAAAUCCUAACAAGCAUCAGCAGCAGGAAGCUGCUUGGUAGCUUCUCUUGCAAAUCCGUGAGUCCAAUAUUUUGAGGAUUAUGAAGCAUCAUCUACAUGUGGAAGCUGUGGAAGUCAUUCGAAGGAUUGUGUGUAACCGAACCCAGAGAUCUUAUUCAUUUUCGGGACAAAACAAAUCCCGGUUCGCUUCUUCUUCCUUCGCCACGACAUUAUAGACUGCCAGAAAGUGGGAGGGGAGCUGCUGCAGCUAGAAGAAGCCAUAUCAGGUCUUUGGGUCCUAUGUGAGCUGCUGCUGCUGCUGCUGCAUCUUUCAAGCUCAAUCUUGGCAAAAUAAUCAAUUUCCUUCUUGACGAGCGAUCCCACGGUGCCUUGAGUUCUAAUGGCAACAGGAGCAGUUACAGUAGCAGCUAUUUUGUCACGAGAUUUCCAGAAUGUGGUGCAGCUGGGUUUG